AUGCAGGAAAUCGUCCUAUGCGCCACCGCGGCCUCGUCCAGUUCGGCGUCUUCCAGUACAGGGCCUGGAUGUAUCGCACUGCAUGACCUUCAGACGGGAAACUCCCUCGCCUCGUUCAAGCAGACCAAUGCUCCACGAAACUCUACCGCCAUCCUCGAAUCUUCCGGCUCGGAGGGCGGCUUCAUGCUCUCUUGCCAGCCGGACAAAUCUAUCCUCAAUGUCUACAACUUCCAGAAAGACCAACUAGCCAUGAAGAUUGUGCUUCCCGAGAAGCUUACAUGCAUAGCGCUUGACCCUCGGGGGCACUUUUGUGCGGGGGGAACGGCGCAGGGAAGAUUAUACCUCUGGGAGGUAUCCUCAGGCAUCCUAUAUAAUGCGUGGGAUGGCCACUACCGCCAAGUAACCGUAUUACGGUUCACGCGCGAUGGCGCAGCACUUAUCUCGGGUAGCGAUGACUCUGGAGUCAGCGUUUGGUCUGUUUCAAGACUUGUGGACGAUGAUCUACAGAACGAGUUACCCCUCCCCUACACCACGCUUUCCGACCAUACGCUACCCAUCACUGACAUUACCUGUGGUGUCGGUGUCUUCCCUCAACUCCGUGUUUUGACAGCAUCGGUGGACUACAGUGUCAAGGUUUGGGACCUCGCUACAAAAUCCCUUCUUACCACUUUUACCUUCCCUCAAGUCAUCUCUUGUCUCGCUUGGGAUGUGGCCGAGCGUUUCUUUUUCGCAGCGGCGCCGGAUGGCUCCGUUCACCAAGUAAACUUAUUCCGGGACGCAGACGAAAAGUUAGGUAUUCCCGCCGAGGCAGUCGGUGGCGCGGGACUUAGCGACGUUAUACGCAUCGAAGAUAUCCCAGCUGAGGCGCGGAGAAAGCGGCUCAUAAUUGUGAGCGAACCGGUCUCCGCCCUGUGUAUCAGCGCGACCGGGGCACUCCUCCUAGUCGGUACUACCUCGGGCCCCGUACACGUCUACGACAUUCCAUCGCACCAGCUUCUACGGACGAUCACGACGCACAAGGGCUUCACGGUCACGCACCUGGCGACGAUGCUGAAGCCGCCGGAUCUAGUCGGUCACGUCAGCCUCAGCAUGAGCGCCGGCGACCCCAAGGACGUCGUCCCCGUACGGCCGGUCGCGGCCUUCCAGCGCAUGCGCGACGCGAAAGCGCGCACCGCGCACGAGGUCGCGACGCUUCUGCCGCCGAGAGCAAGGACGGCGGAUAUUGCGUACUCUGAGGACGAGAUGCUGCGCGAUCACGCCUUCUUUUUGCAACCCGCGCAGACGGGCAGCGGGCAGCAGGACGCCGUAACGCUGCAGGCGCGCGUGACGGACCUGGAGGGCGAGGUGGCCGCGCUGAGGGAGCAGCUGGGCAAAGCGAAGGGCGUGAACGACAUGAUGUGGGACAAUAUCGUGCAGAAAGUCGUGCGCAACCGGCAGACGGGCGCCCACGACGACGGCGAAGCGGACGAGGAGCGGAAGAGGAAGCGCGGGCGGACAUGA